UCUCGUUUUUUUCAGAAGAAGAAAAUGGUGAAGUUCUCCAAGGAGCUUGAAGCUCAGCUGAUUCCCGAAUGGAAGGAUGCCUUCGUGAAUUACUGGCAACUGAAGAAAAACGUGAAGAAGAUUAAGCUUAAGCUUUCCAGAAAAGCAGAGGAAAUCCAAGAGAAACAUGAGUAUGGGUUCUCCGUCUUGGAUCCCAUUCUAAGCAUUGCGAAGAAAAUCUCUACAAGAUUUCCUAGCAGCGGUGUCCAAACCGAGAUAAUUCAGGUGAGAAAUAAAAAUAGAGGAGGAGAUGAAGAGGAUAUCUACCAAACGGAACUUGUUCAGUUAUUCUCAGAGGAAGAUGAGGUGAAGGAGUUCUUUAGCUGUUUGGAUGAAGAACUAAACAAAGUGAACCAGUUCUACAGAACCAAAGAAAGUGAAUUCAUAGAGAGAGGAGAACUCCUCAACAAACAGCUACGUAUUCUCCUUGAACUGAAGCAAAUUCUUAAUGACCGUCGCCGGAAGAAUCUUCAGUCGAGAUUGGAAGGCGGAACGCUUCCUCGCUCCAACUCCUCAUCGGUUCGGAGCUCCAACCAUUCAGAGUUCUAUACUGAAUCCGAUGAGACGCCGCCGGAGACCCCUGCACCGGACGAGAUAAUUGCGGCACUGGAGAGGAACGGCGUUAACUUUAUAGGGUCGCCGGCUAGAACAAAGACAAAGAAAGGGAAACCGAAGAUGUCAAUGAGGAUCGAUAUUCCGGCAACAACUCCAACACGCGCAAUCACAGCAGUUACGUCGAUGAUUUGGGAGGAUCUAGUGAACAAUCCUAAGAAAGAAGGCGUAGGAGACUUCUUUAACAGAAAGAAGAUCCAGUGUGCAGAAAAGAUGAUCAGAGGAGCUUUUGUGGAGCUCUACAGAGGGCUGGGUCUACUGAAAACUUACAGCUCACUGAAUAUGGUGGCUUUCACAAAGAUACUUAAGAAGUUCGACAAGGUGGCCAACCAACAAGCUUCAGGGAGCUAUUUGAGAGCAGUGAAGAGAUCACAUUUCAUCAGCUCCGACAAGGUGGUAAGACUGGCGGAUGAAGUGGAGUCCAUAUUCACAAAGCACUUCGCCAACAACGACAGGAAAAAAGCAAUGAAGUUUCUGAGGCCCCAACAGCAGAAAGAAUCUCACAUGAUUACCUUUUUUGUCGGGCUGUUUACGGGUUGUUUUGUAACGCUGUUCGGUGUGUAUGCAAUCUUGGCUCACUUGUCUGGUAUGUUCUCUGCUACAUCGGAAGUUGGAUAUAUAGAAACCGUCUACCCCGUUUUCAGCAUGAUUGCUUUGCUCAGCUUGCACCUGUUCAUGUAUGGGUGCAACCUUUUCAUGUGGAAGAGCACCCGGAUCAACUACAACUUCAUAUUUGAAUUCAAUCCAAGCACAGCUCUCAAGUAUAGAGAUGCCUUCUUGAUCUGCACCUCCUUUAUGACAACGGUGGUGGGGGCCAUGGUCAUCCACCUCCUCUUAAGAUCCAACGGUUUCUCACCAAGCCAAGUGGAUACCAUCCCUGGGGUUCUCCUUCUGCUUUAUACAGGCUUGCUUAUAUGCCCAUUCAAUAUUUUCUACCGCUCAACUCGUUACAGUUUUCUUCGAGUUAUGCGGAACAUUAUAUUUUCUCCAUUUUAUAAGGUUUUGAUGGUAGAUUUCUUCAUGGCUGACCAAUUAACUAGCCAGAUUCCAUUGCUAAGGCACAUGGAGUCUACAGCCUGCUACAUUAUUGCCGGAAGCUUCAAAACUCACCAAUAUGAGACCUGCAAUUCUAGCAAGCUAUACAAGGAGCUUGCUUAUGUUAUCUCAUUUUCACCAUACUAUUGGCGUGCCAUGCAGUGUGCAAGAAGAUGGUUUGAUGAAGGUGAUGUCAACCAUUUGGCUAACUUGGGGAAGUACGUUUCUGCCAUGCUGGCUGCUGGUGCCAGGCUAACAUUUGCAAUGCAGCCUACUCAACUAUGGCUGGUCAUGGUCAUAAUCACAUCUUCCAUAGCAACUGUUUAUCAACUGUAUUGGGAUUUUGUUAAGGACUGGGGGCUUCUCAACCCAAAAUCCAAAAAUCCAUGGCUUAGGGAUGACCUGAUCUUAAAGAACAAGUGCAUCUACUAUGUCUCAAUUGCCAUAAAUUUGGUGCUAAGACUUGUCUGGGUGGAGACUGUAAUGCGCUUCAACUUGAAGACAGUUGAGUCUCGACUGCUAGACUUUUUCUUGGCUUCCCUAGAAGUAAUUCGACGUGGACACUGGAAUUUUUACAGGCUGGAGAAUGAGCACUUGAACAAUGCUGGCAAAUUCAGGGCGGUGAAGGCAGUACCAUUACCAUUUUGCGAGAUGGACACAGAUUGCUGAAAUUGUUUCUGGGGGAACUUGUACAGUAAAUCUGGGACAAGAAGCAAUUAACUAUGGUGGAUCGGAGUGCAUGUUUUGCUCCAAAACUGCAUGAGUUCUGACUCAUCUUUUAUCAAGAGACUAACUUAGUCUGAAAUGCAAGGUUUCUUAAUGCAGUGAAGAAGGGACAAUCCAGAUGAAGUUGUAUCUCUUUUGUACAUUUCGUUAUUUGGGAUUUGGUGCCAAAUUGGAUUCAGUGAGUGUAUUAUUUUGUGUUCAGAAAAGUUUGAUGGAAGUGUUUUACAUAAAAGAACAGCAGAACUUCCAUGGUACGAAUUCAAAACUGAAUAUCCUCAAGGAAAAGGUAAAAAAGGAA